AUGAUUGCUGGAAAGAGAUGCUUUAUGAAUGGGGAUUUGAGUGAGGAGAAGGAGGAAAGGCAGUGGCAAAAAGCCAUGGGGGAGUUCAUUGCUGGGUUUGUUUCUGUUGGGGAGAUGCUGUUCCUUGGCUUAGUUUGGUUGGAUUGGGGGACAGCAGAAGGCCAUGAGAGAGAACUGCCAAAGAACUGGACAGUAUUCUUGCUGAAUGGUUGGAGGAGCACAGCAAAAAGAACUAAAGGGGAAGAUCAAGAUUUCAUGGAUGUCAUGCUUUCAGCCAUCGAUGGAGCAUAUAUUGCUGGCUUCGAUGCUGAUACCGUCAUCAAAGCAACAUGUUUGAGGGAGUUCAGAGAAGACGACGAGGAGGGUACCAGGUUCCAAAAGGCCAUGGCGCUAGUGAAACCUGGGAAGAUCACAACUGACCCUCGGGUUUGGGACGACCCGAUGGAGUUCCAAGCUAGAGAGGAUUUCUCACUACCCUAA